AUGGCCGCGCACCUGGGAAGAGACUUUGUGCUCAGGAGUAGUGAGCUCGCCACGCUCGCCGCCAUCUUCCACUUCAGGAACUACAAUCCCAAGGAUGGCCGCAGGGGUAAAUCCAUAAGCAAAGAGGAGGCCAUGAAAGAGCUCAUUGAAGUGGUCAUGAAAACAAAGCCGGACAACUUCACUCCUCGCAUCGUGGAGAAAACAGACGAUUAUGUUCGUGUUGAAUAUGAGAGUCCAAUAUUUGGGUUUGUAGAUGAUGUGGAGUUCUGGUUCCCUCCUGGCAACAAACCAAUUGUUCAGUACCGGUCAGCAUCUCGGUCAGGAUUUAUCGACUUCAAUGCCAAUAAGAAGAGAGUAAAGGAGCUGAGAUUGGCAUUGGAAAAGAAGGGCUGGGAUUCAGAAAGCAACUUCUGA